UUGGUAAUGAUAAAAAUGCUAUAAUUUUAGAUUUUUUUGGAGGAAGUGGCACCACGGCUCAUGCGGUUUUAGAACUGAAUAAGCAAGAUGGUGGGAACCGGAAAUUUAUUAUCUGCGAGCAAAUGGAUUAUAUUGAAACCGUAACCAAAGAAAGAAUUAGAAAAGUUUGUGAAAUUGAUAAUAAAGGUUCUUUUGUUUAUUGUGAAUUAGCCGAAUUUAAUCAACAAUUUAUUAAUCAAAUUCAACCAAAAGAUAUUGACAAUUCCAAGCAAGAAUUUACUGAAUUGUCCUUUACCGACCAACAAAAAUUUUUGAUUUCCCUGUUGGAUAAAAAUCUUUUGUAUGUUCCUUAUUGUGAUAUGGAGGAUAAAAGUUAUGAGAUUUCUGAGGAGGUUAAGAAGUUAAAUUGA